CUUUCUUUCUUUCUUUCUUUCUUUCAGGCCUCUCUCUCUAUAUAAGCUGCCAAUCAUGCAUCCUUGGCAGCAAAGCCAGGAACCCAAGAAAGGAGAGAAUGAUCUCCUCUUCCAUGUAAACAAAGCCAACCCAUUUGCAAUUCUACCAUAUAUACAAUACAUACAUAUAUACAUAUCACAUACUACCAUACUUCUUCCUCACCACUUCUGCUGCUAUCUGCUUCUCUUCUCUGCUCAAUUAGCAUCCAUAGUAGAAGAAGGAAGUAACCAAGAAUCCAAGAUCACUAGCUUCUUGGCUUCUGCCGGCCAUGAAGGACCGCCGCGGCAGCGCCGGCGUCUUCCCCUUCUCCAUCGGCUGCAUGUCGCAGUCCGCCGUCGACGUCGCCGACCCGCACGAGAAGAAGUCGACGCAGAACGAGCCCUCCUCCUCCGCCUCCGCCGCCGCCGCCGCCGCCGCACAGAGCGCGGAGGAAGACGGCGGCGGCGGCGGCGGAGGCGAAAAGGCGAAAGGAGGCUCUGCGGCGGCGUCCUCCGCCGGUAUCGUCGCCACCGGCGUGCAGCGGCUGAUCAAGGGGAUCAAGAACCUGUCCCAGAUUUUCGCCAUGUACGAGGAGGAAGACGGCGAGGAAGACGAGGAGGAGAGGGAGAUGGUGAUCGGGUACCCGACGGACGUGCAGCACGUCGGGCACAUCGGGUGGGACGGCAUGAACAAGGUCGGCGACAUGGUGAACGCCUUCUCCCUCCCCUCCUCCCUCUCCCUCCGGCAGCUCGAGAUGGCCAUGGAAGCUGCACACGCCUGAACACUCUCACCAUCACUGAGUCACUCCAGCUUCUGCUGCUGCAGUGAGUAGCUAGCUAGAUUGCAAAAAAAGCAUUUCUUGCUGCAUCAUGUGCAUGCAUGGAUGGAUGCAACCGAUGAUUGAUUAACAACAUGCACCAUGAUGAAGGCAUGGGUAGUGCUCUCGAUUUGAUUUGCAUAUUGAUUAGUUUCCAUGUGGCUGUUGGUUGAUUCAUUACAUACCAGCUUGUCCAUCGUUUCAGUUCUCUGAAUGAAUUGGUACAUGCAUGCAUGCACGCAUGCCUUGUCUUUCGUUUUUUUCUUCUUCUUUUCUACCUUUGAUUUGGUUGGUAUCAACGUGUUCAGUAGUGUGUACAUAGUUAUAUCUUCAUGUGAACCUGUACAAAUUGUCAUCAACGACAUUGACAGUGCUUUGCUACCUGUAAUAAUCUCUACAUGUGAGCUCCAUAAUCUUCUUCUUUUGUUCUUUCCCUCCCCUUCUUUCUAGCUCUCUACUGCUGCUCUGUUGACAUGUGAUCCUAGGGAUUAACUGUUCUUGUGUAAUUUGUCUUCUGAACCACUACUAUUAGUGCCUAAUUAUACUGAAGUAUAAGUAUGUACUACCUGGGAUAGGUUUUGUCAGUAAUAAAUUGCUUCU